AUGGUUUCCUGUCCGAUCUGUGGGAAAUCCGUCUCCUCGCUCAAGAUCAACGACCAUAUCGAUUCGGACUGCCAGCAGUUCAUUGAAGAGCCAACAUCAAGUGGCGGCGAUCCAUCGCCAUCUCAGAAACCCCAAGUUCCAGCGUUCUUUCAGCCCCCAUCCGCUCGAAAAGCCUCUAGCCAAGCCUCUAGCCAGCGAGAUGUCAACUCCGACGCCUCCCCUCUCCGCAAUCUUAAUAGCAAACGAACGGUGACACAAAAUGGCGGCCCUCCAGACGAUACCACAUCCCGCCCACAAAAAGACGAAGCUGCGGAGCCAGCACCGAAGAAACCAAAGAUUAACGCCUUUCAGAGGGCCGCGCCAUUAGCGGAGCGUAUGCGUCCUCGAACGCUUGAAGAAGUAUGCGGCCAGGAACUCGUUGGUCCCACCGGUGUACUGCGAGGUUUGAUCGAGGAAGAUCGGGUGCCGAGUAUGAUUCUAUGGGGAGGCCCGGGCACAGGGAAAACCACAAUAGCACGGGUUAUUGCGUCCAUGGUCGGAAGCAGAUUCGUUGAAAUCAACAGUACGAGCAGCGGGGUCGCGGAGUGCAAGAAGAUAUUUGCCGACGCCAAAAGCGAACUCGGUUUGACGGGGAGGAAAACUAUUAUAUUUUGUGACGAGAUCCAUCGGUUUUCGAAAUCUCAACAGGACGUCUUCCUGGGCCCAGUCGAAAGUGGCCAGGUUACGCUUAUCGGCGCAACAACGGAGAACCCAUCGUUCAAAGUCCAGAACGCCCUGCUAUCUAGAUGCAGAACCUUUACGUUAGCGAAGCUCACCGACGAGGAUGUUAGGUCAAUCUUGGACCGUGCCCUAAAAACUGAAGGGCCAAGCUACACGCCGUCCACCCUGGUAGAUGACGAGCUGCUCGACUAUCUGGCCAAAUUCUCCGACGGUGAUGCUCGGACAUCACUUAAUCUUUUAGAAUUAGCGAUGAACCUUUCAAAACGGCCUGGGAUAAGCAAGGACGAAAUGAAGCGGGCUUUAACUAAAACACUUGUUUAUGACCGCGCGGGCGACCAGCAUUACGAUACCAUUUCUGCCUUUCACAAGUCUCUCAGGGGCAGCGACCCUGAUGCAUCGCUCUACUACCUUGCUCGUAUGAUACAGUCGGGAGAGGAUCCGCUGUAUAUAGCUCGGCGCUUGAUCGUUGUUGCCUCGGAGGACAUUGGACUGGCUGAUAAUAGCAUGUUAACGCUGGCGAUUUCAACCCACUCCGCAGUGGAAAAGAUAGGUCUCCCCGAGGCACGGAUAAAUCUCGCACAUGCUACCGUGGCAAUGGCGCUGUCUCCAAAAAGCACUCGAUCUUAUCGAGGCCUCAAUAGUGCCUUCGCUGCCCUCUCGGAGCCUGGGGUUGCAGGCCUACCAAUUCCCAUUCAUCUACGCAAUGCCCCUACGCGGUUGAUGAAAGAGCUAGGGUAUGGCAAGGAAUAUAAAUAUAACCCGAACUUCCGAAAUGGAGAGGUGGUGCAAGACUAUCUCCCAGAGAAGUUACAAGACCGACAAUUUCUAGAAGACCGGGACUUGGGGACGCAGAUUGACCCGGAUUUGAGAUCUAAAAGAUGA